AUGGACAUCCCCGUCCUGACCUCAGAGGUACGCGACCACCUCGCCAACGAGCGCACCUUCCUCUCUGCCCUCAAGAUGAGUCUCUCCCUCGCCCUCGUCUCCUUCGUCUGCUUCCUCGAUGUGCGUCUCAAUCGCACCUCAGCUGCAGCACUCGAUGGCGACACGUCACUCUCGCAGGCGCAUACACCGCACAGACCUAUGGUGCAUGACAGAAGCAAGCUCACCUCUCUGCUGGCCUUUGGCUUCCUCUUCAUGUCCCUCCUCAGCAUGUUCUCUGCAUGCCUCAACUACUUCAGAACGCAAAACAGGUAUAUCAAGCAUAUAGGCAUCGUCAGAGAUCAUUGGUUCGUCAAUGCGUCGAUUGCCAUGGUCGGCGUCGGUAUGCUGCUCGCGAAUGGACUGCUGCUCUUCGAAGAGCGCAAUGACCCACGAGGAUUGACAUGA